AAUUCUAUUUUGAUUUUGAUUUUUUAUUUUUCUUGUUGAUUUUCCAUAAAAUCAAGUAUUUAAUUUCUAUGAAGUUUUAAAAAAAUACUUUUUAAAAGGAGGUAUAAAAAAUAAUUCAAAAUAUUUUACUCUUAACUGUAUCAUAAUAUCGAUUACAAACAUAACCUAACUUUCUUGUGUUGUUUUGCUAACAUGCGAAGUGAUAGAAAUGGUUCCGAGUUUUAAAAAGAUAUUUGCAUUUAUUAAACACGUGUUUCAAAUGUAUAAAACACUGUAAUCUGCGGAAAAAAAGAAUCUCUUUUUAAGGUGUGAGAAAAAUUGUCAUAAUAUACAUAUAUAUAGCAAAUCGUUUGUAUAUACUAUAUAUAAUUGCUGCGAAAAAAAAAUUGCAAAUUUCCAUUUAAUGAUUAGCUAUGAGAAGAAAAUUGUAUUAUCUUUCACAGCAAUAAUUGGUAGUGAAUUAUUUUUCUUUAUAAUUGUCAAAAGUAAUGGCAGGACUUGAAAAUUAUGAAAGGGUUUAUCGUGGACGACAAGUAGACGUACCUUGGGAAGCAUCUUCAGCAGGUGUUGGACUUCCAACAAAAUAUCAUGGACGAGAAGUUAUUCGUCCUUUAGAUAUUCCUGUAAUGCAUCCUUUAGUUGCUCAGGAUUCACCGCCCGCAGAUGAUGUUGCUGUAAAAAAAUAUGUUGGUUUGGGCUGUGGAUUGGCGAGUUUAAUUACUGAAAAUUUAUUAAUCCAUCCAUUUAUCGUAAUACGAAGACAAUGUCAAGUAAAUCCUGUCGCUACAAAAUAUCAUUUGGUACCAAUAACAUUGAUACCGGUAAUUAUUCGUUUACAUCAAACUCAAGGUCUCAAUACUUUAUGGAAAGGAAUUGGAUCGGUUUUACUUGUUCGAGGAUUGAGUUUAGCUAUUGAGGAUUUAGUUUCUAAAAUCACACCAUGGCCCAAGGAAAUAACGUGUAACAGUUCAAUGAAAGCUUUUGGACAACAUAUUCUCUUAAAAUGUGUCUCAAUUGGAUUGGUAACGCCAUUUUAUUCAGCGUCACUCGUUGAAACUGUACAAUCGGAAAUUGCUUCGGAGAAACCAGGAAUUUUGGAUGUAUUUCGUGAUGGUGCAAUUCGUUUGCUUGAAGUUGGCACAAAAGGACGACUUAUUCCAAUUUACGCUUUGAUACCACCUACAAUUGCUUAUGGUGUUGUUAAAUAUCUAUUUACUCUCAUUGUAAGAGGAGUCAGCAGUCGUAUGAUGCAUCUUCGACGAAAACACAUUCAGGAGUUAAAGGGUGCAUACAGUCGAGAUAUUCUUUCGGAUAGUGCGAUGCAAGAUAUUGAAUUGCAAUCAAUUUUGGUGUCAAUGUGCGCUGCCGAUGUUGUUUUCUAUCCCCUUGAGACUGUCAUUCACAGGUUACAUUUACAGGGAACGCGUACGAUAAUUGAUAAUUUGGAUACUGGACGUAGUGUGAGACCAUUAUUGACUGGUUACAGUGGCGCUGUCGAUUGUUAUCGAACAAUUAUUGCCACUGAAGGAGCAAUUGGUUUGUACAAAGGUUUUGGUUCACUUGUCCUUCAAUUUGCUGUUCAUUUUAUGGUAUUGCGUGCCACCAAAUGGAUUCUCACUGAACUCACCUCCAUUUUGAGACCGAAACCCGUUCAAAAAGUACCACCACAGUCUUACUAUAAUGAAAUAUAGAAAAUUUUAAACCAAAAAGAAAAAAAAAGAAAACAAACAAACGAAAGAAAAUGAAAGAAAAGAACAACUUUUUUCGAUUAUGGUAAUAAUAAUUAACUUUUUUUCGAACGCUAACUUUGAUUCAAUUUUCAAAUAAUUAUCUAUGAAAAAAUUUUGCUGUGAUUCAAAAAAUAUUGAUUUUCAAUUAAUAAUCUCGAGUGAUAAUUGAAAUGAUUAAUUUACAGAGGGAUUAAAUUAUGUUCUCAAUAUUUGAUUCGUUAAUUUCAUUUUUGAUUAAUUUUUUACUGAAACGUUCUUGAAUUGAAUUUUGUUAAUUUUUUUCUUUCUGAUUGUGUAUGAAAUAUUUUUCGCUCUUUUGAUUUUGUUUAUUAUAAAUUUUUAUUUUAACAAAAAAUUUUUUGUAAAUAUAAAAUUAACAAAAUUAACCAAACGAAUUUAUAAUAAAUAAAAAUAAUUACUUUUUUUUGUAAUUUUUACGAAUACAUUUAAUAAAGUACAAGAAAAGUAGAGUUUAAAAAAUAAUUAAAAAAAGAAAAAUGUUUGGAAAAAUUUAUUAAAAAUAAAAAAAAAAUUAACCAAAAAAAUUCAUAAUAAAUAAAUAAAUAAUUUUUUUUUGUACUUUUAAUUUAUAGGUAUUCAAUAAAGUCCAAAAAAGUAAAGUUUAAAUUAAUAAAAAAAAGUAAACGAAAAAUUAAUUAAAAAUAAAAGAAAUUAACAAAAAGAAUUCGUAAUAAUUUUUUUUUGUACUUUUUAUUUAUAUUCAAUUAAGUACAAAAAAAGUAAAUAUUGAAAUAAUAAAAAGUAAAAAAAAGAAAAAUUGUCUGAAAAAUUAUUGCGCGAGGAAAAUUUAUUACAAAUAUUUAUUUUAUAUUAAAUUAAAUGAUUACUUUUAAUAGGAUCUGAUUUUUUUCAAUAAAUUUUAAUUGAUUUUGUGAUUCAUUGAAAAUAGAUUAUAAAAAUAUAAUAUUAUAUUAUAAUAAUAAUAAUAAAUAAUCGAAAUUGUGUUUAAAAAAAAAAUGAAAAAUAAUUUCAAAAUAUAUAAAAAUAGAUAUAAAAAAACAUUUUUUUUUAAAUUGAAUCAAAGUUAGCAAUUAUUAAUCGAAUUUACAUAAUUUUUACCUUGAAAAAUAAAUUAUUGCUAUUAAGACUAUUUAGCAAAAAAAAAAAGUAGUUGACUUUAACAAUAAACAAAAAUAAUAGAAAUAACACAAAAAACAUAAAAAAUACAAUUCCUUAUAAGAGGAAAAAUUGCAAUUUCACUGUAAAAUUUCCAAGAUUUUUUUUAUUCAAUUUUCCUUUUUCCUUUUUUUUUUUUUUUUUUUUUUUAAUAAA